AUGAAUCUUCUUACCGAUCUCACAAACGACCGUCGACGUCGCAACGCCUCGGGCCGUCCCCUCAUCUUCGUCGCCCAUGGCCUAGGCGGCCUUAUCUGCAAAGAAGCCAUUCUGCUCUCUCACAAUAACCCGAACCGCUCCCGUCAAGACUUCUUCACGCAAAUCAAGGGCGUCGUCUUCAUGGGCACACCCCACAAGGGCUCGUGGAUUGCGAAUUGGUCCAGAAUACCUGCCACGGCUCUUGGGCUGGUCAAGUCUACCAACAAAUCACUUCUCGAGGUGCUGGAAACCAACAGCCAAUAUCUAGAGUCAAUCCAUGGCAGAUUCAUAACCAUGAUGCGGGAGCAACGUGAGGCGGGAAGGCAACUCGAGGUCGCUUGCUUCUUCGAGGAGCUACCUCUGUCUACAGUUGGCAAAGUUGUGUCAAAGGAAUCAGCCACAUUCGAGGGAUACGAUCCAAUCACUAUCCAUGCAAAUCAUAGAGAUAUGGUUAAGUUUGGGUCUGUGGAAGAGAAUGGUUUCAAAAGAGUCGUCGGAGAACUCACAGCAUGGAAACCGGAAACCGGUCUAGCAACACUCCAACCGGAGAGCAGCGCUCGGAUGGGUAACUGCUCUGUGAGGCGAAAGCAUUCAACGACUGGUCAGUACACCGAGGCCGUCCACCACUCCCCCACCUUCUAA